AUGUUCACACCUUUCACAAUACUAAUUACUCUUCCUGUUGCCUAUCUCCGGAAAGAACCGAAAAAGUUUAGUAUGGUUAACAAACCAACAGUCAGGGUCUACUGCAAGUCUCUCACGAAAUACUCGCUUACGAUCCGUGAUGGUAAAGUCACGCUUGCACCCACCAACCCUUCUGAUCCUCACCAGCAAUGGAUCAAAGAAGAGAAGUUUAAAAGUAUUACGGAUGAAAAAGGGCAUUCUUCUUUCGCUUUAGUUAACAAAGCUACCGGUCAAGCCAUGAAACACUCAAUUGGUCCAACUUAUCCGGUUCAGCUGAUCAAGUAUGACCCCGAUAAACUCGACAAGUCUGUUCUUUGGACUAGGGGUAUCACCCGAGUAGAGGGUUAUACUUCAAUUAGGUCAGUCGACAAUUAUCAUCUUAAUUUAGAUGCAUAUGACUCUACCAAGAAUCUUGAAAGGACAGACAUUAGUCAAUAUGGAUGGAAUGGAGGCGGUAACCAGCUUUGGAAUUUGGCGUCACACGACUGUAAGUUGAUUGUUUAA